UCAGUUAUAAUGUACGUUAUGUCAAAAAACAAUUCCUGGCAUACUUAGAGACAACAAGACUUGUCACCAGCAUGAACAUGAAUUCAGUGCAAACUAGUUAUACUGUAGGUUUUGUAAUCUUUGAACUAGUAUGAAUGGCUCCAAAGUCUACUCAGUGGUCUCUUUCUCAGUCUCUUUCUCGUUCGCCCAGUCCUGGGGGACAGAAAUAAACAACUACAGGGACUGAUGCACAGCUGGGUGGUCAGGGGUCUGAUGGGUCCUGUGGUCUAUUAAGUCAAUCAUUACACACAGGGUAAACAACUCCAGUAAGUCUCUGGUCAUAUUUCCGUACACUGCCGGACUGCUGAGCUGGAGUCUACAAUACAGGCUUCAACAGAAAUCCACAGGCUUUAUAUCCCAUUUACAACCUUUGCAGGCAAUCACUGCUCAGAGCAAGUGAACUCUCCAUGGCCCGUGUUCUUUCCCUGUUUCGGCAUCAGCCUUUUCUGGUUCACGUGGGCAGGCGAAAACCUGCGUCGUGCAAAAUGUCAAUGGACUCCAGGGCACGCAUGGUGUUUGCAGCUGCAGUGGAAGCUGUGCAGCCAGACACAGUGGUCCGACAGAGUAUAGAGCGCAAGCAGGACUCGGUCAUUAUCAAUGGUCAUACAUUUACACUCAAACACAACCUGCAUUUGGUGGGCUUCGGAAAAGCUGUACUGGGUAUGGCUGCCGAGGCAGAGAGGAUUUUGGGGGAUCAUUUGGUCAAAGGAGUAGUAAGCGUGCCACAUGGGAUUCAGCAGACAUUGCAGCAGAACGGAAAAGACCACCUGUUGUUAAAAGAAAACAGUCGCAUCAGAGUCAUGGAGGGAGCUAAACACAACUUGCCUGAUACUGAUGCCCAGAAGGCCGCUGAAGUAAUCAAGCAAUUAGCCAUUGAACUGACGGAGGAAGACCUGCUACUUGUACUGAUAUCAGGUGGAGGUUCAGCGCUAUUACCUGCACCCAUCCCACCAAUCUCGUUGCAAGAGAAACAGGAUGUUACCCGCAAACUUGCAGGUGCUGGUGCCACUAUUCAAGAGCUGAACACUGUGCGACGCGCCCUGUCUUUGUUGAAGGGCGGAAGACUUGCGCAUUAUGCUCACCCUGCCCAGGUAGUUUCACUGAUACUGUCAGAUGUUAUUGGGGACCCUCUGGACUUGAUUGCCAGCGGCCCCACAGUGCCAAGUGAGGUGUGGCCUGAAGAAGUUUUAUCAAUCCUUGAACGUUACAAGCUGUUGAACUCGCUUCCAGCCUCGGUAAAGGAGGUCCUUGAGAGACCAAGUCCAAGUAGGAGCCAUAAAACAGAUGAAUCCAGCAGAUCAGGGCGUGUUCUCAACGCCAUCAUUGGAUCCAACAGCGUUGCCCUAAAGUCGGCAGGUCGCCGUGCUCUAGAGUUAGGUUUCCGCCCUCUUGUGCUGGCACCAGGAGUGUGUGGUGAUGUGAGGGUAGUCUCCAAACUCUACGGCCUUCUGGCCCGCUUUGCAUGUUCUCGAGAGGAACCUCCUCCAGAGAUUGCUGCUGAGCUGCUGAAGCUGGGGCCUGAAGUAGGAGUGGAGAGCUGGGACCUCUGCCGUACCAUGCAGGUUCUGGGUGAAGGACGUACAGAAGGAUGGGGAUCCACGUGUCUGUUAGCCGGAGGUGAGCCCACCGUGGAGCUGACAGGCAAGGGUCGAGGUGGUCGUAACCAGGAGCUGGCUCUGCGAGUGGGACUGGAGCUGAGAGGCAUGCAGCUCCCGCCUACCGGCCCCGUCUUCCUGAGCGGUGGAACUGAUGGUCAGGACGGACCCACUGAUGCAGCGGGGGCCAUCACGGACGGGGGGUUGUACGAAGAGGCACAAGCACAGGCGCUGGACGUCAACAACUUCCUCACCAACAAUGAUUCUUACACGUUUUUUUCACGCCUUUCUGCUGGGCAGCGCUUACUUGUACCUGGCUUAACCUGCACCAAUGUGAUGGAUGUGCACAUGCUGCUAAUUCCACCAAUCCCUAUUAACAUAGGAUAAAGCUCACAAAAUAAGAGGAUAGUUCCAGGGAAUAAAUCAAAUAAAUAAAGUAAUUUACCAGUCUAUCUGGCUUGGCAUUGUAGUAUCUGUUUCUUCCAAGUCAACUUAGAUAUUUUACUUGUGAAACUAUUAGUUAGUUAUUAUUAGUAUUAUCUACUUGAAGGCAAAACUAGUAUUGCUGUUUACAUUUUAACGGCCACAGAUGUAUAAAAAACAUUAAAUGAGAGUUGCAAUGACAAAAACAACACAUUUAAUAUCAACCAAGCAUUUACAUAAAACUUGCACAGUUGUAUUUUUCUUCUCAGGAACUUCAAGUUAUCUAAAAUAUGCUGAUGAUUUUGUAGUUUAGUUCCUUUGACUAGGACUAUGCACAUCAUUAAACAUACACACUGCAGUACAUUGUCUUGUCUUCACCAUUAUAACAGUAUUAUAUAACGUCAGUUAUAAUAGCUGAUGGUAAGAUGGCUCACACAAUGCACUUUGAAAGUAUUCCACUCCCCUUUGAAUUUCUCAUGUUUUAUUAUUUUACACUAAAUCCCAAUUGGAUUUAACUAAUCUUUCUGCAACUUAACAGAAAACAAAUUCUAAAUGGUUGAUCACAUAUAGGAACAUUUGUUAAUCCUCAGGUAAAGGAAGCACCUUUGGCAGUAAUUGUGGCUUUGAAUCUACUAAUUAUGGAUAGAUUUAUUUCAGUUUUGGAAAUCUGAUGACCAAAUUAUUAUCUAAUCUGGACUGAGGUGUGGACUCUGAACUGAUCACUAAAGUACUUCAACAUUGUUGUUUAAAGCCAUUUUGGCUUUGUUUUCAAGCUAAAUGCAGCAGUUUUUCCUUCAGGACUUUUCCUGUAUUGUGGUUCAUUCAGCUGAGCCUCUCCCAUCAUAAGCCACUAGGGCCUCCUGUACAGAAACAUCCAUACAACGUGCUGCAAUGCUUCGUGGCGGCUGGCACAGCCCAGAUCUCACGUAUGUUUUUCCUGCUGCAGAUGUUAUACUAAAACUGGUGAAGUGCACUAAAAUGCUGCCUUUCUUAACAAAACAGUCAAAGUAUUUAAUAUCAGAAUCAAAUUUUGAUCCGUUGUAUCUGAUAUGUUGUUUUAUUUUGGCACAGGAGUGGGCUGAGUGUUCAAUGUUUAAUAAAUGACAUGAAAAAGUCAAAGAGGGGUAAAUACUCUAAUCAGGCACUCAGUAUCUCACAUUAGGUUCACACAAUGUUCCUCUCAGGUAAUGAGAAACAGUGUUAAUUGUUCUUUCCAUAAAUCAUCUAAACAAGUCCAAUUAUUUUGCUCUGCGGUAAGUGUUUGCCACAGUGUCCGUGUUCUUAAAGCACCUCAAUUCACACACAAUCCCCUCAUUGUAGGACCCAUUUGUACUGAAGCC